AACUCAACUACCAUGCUCGAGGAAAGCCAGCCCCAGGAGGCUGUUCAUGGCCUCAAAACUACCCCCGAUGGCCUCGUGCUCGACCCACAGCCGUCAGACAACCCCAAUGACCCAUUGAACUGGAAGCCCUCGAGAAAGGCCUUGACACUCUCAAUUUGGGCAUUGGCCUGCUUUUCCUGUCAAGUGACUGCUACGACGAACACACAAGGAUCAUACCUUCAGGUGCCGCUUUACCAUAAGACGGCAACCCAGAUUUCUCUCUCCGUCUCAUUCGCGCUUAUUGGCCUCAUGGUCGGUGCCAUCUUCAUAGUCCCUCUUAGCCGUCGGUACAGCUCCUGCUUUUGUCUCUUCUGGUCGACUAUUGGCCUCCUUCUCACCUCGGUGUGGUCUGCCCUGAUGGCCGGCUCAUCAGACUACAAUCCCUUCCUGGUUUCUCGUCUGGUUGCCGGUCUCUGCGCAAGCGUUCCCUUAAUUCUUGGCUCAGAAGUCGUUUUGCAGACCUUCUUUCGUCAUCAAAGAGGCAAAUGCCUUCAUUUCCUCCAUAUUCCCUAUCUCCUGGGGAUCGCUAUGGGCCCGACAAUAGGUGCAUAUAUUGAUAGCCGGGCCUCUUGGACAAUCUCCUUCUGGUAUACGGUACCUCUGAACGGUGUGUUGGCUAUAUUAAUUCUCGCUUUUCUGGAAGAUACACACUUUACGGGGGAAGAACAAACGCAUGUCUUCUUGUUACAGCGAAAAUGGAACACUUAUGCACGAGGAAGGGCAAUACCACCCUCGUCUAGAGCUAGUUGGGCGAAGUUUCUAUUUAUUCUCUUCGAUAUUCUCCUCGUCACAGUAUCUCCCGUCUCCAUUAUAAUGGGAUUCUUCAUCAUGGUCGACUUUGGCUUCGCUACAAUGUCUUUCAUCCUUAACGUUACAUUUCUCGAGGCACCCCGAGAUGAAGGUGGAUAUGGCAUGUCGAAGAUGGCGGUGGCUUCAUUCACCCUCACCCAAACAAUCGGUGUUCUCUUAGCAGAAGUCUACGGCCAUUUCAUUAGCGACCGACUCCCGCUUUAUCUCCUUCACCGAAAGUUCAAUACAAAUGAUAUUGAACCCACGGAUUGGCGUCCAGAACUCCGACUCCACUGUCUCUGGCUUCCAGUGAUCUUGCUCCCCACCGGCCUUGGCCUCUUUGGCGCAAGCCUGGAGUAUCAUUUUCAUUGGGCGAUUUUGGCGCUCGGAUACCUUCUCAUCAGUGUGGGUGCGAUAUCAAUCCUUCCAAUUACGAUGACAUAUCUUUGCGAGUGUUUCCCAGAUCACGUAUCAGAGGUGGCGGCGGCACUGGGUAUCUGGAGACUUAUUUUGGGCUUGCUCACGACAGUAUUUAUCACACCAUGGUACAAUAGUGUUGGCCCGGGCUGGGUGUUUGGCUCCGCUGGGCUGUUCACGAUACCUGGGUUUGUAGGGGUGGUGGUACUGAUGGGAUUUGGGGGUAAGAUUAGGAGCAUGGGCUUUCGCAGACUGCGAAAGUGA